AUGGAACAGGUUGAGACUUCAACCACCGGGUGUGUUGCUGCUAGCUUCCCUAGCGCGCAGCAGAUUCGAGAACGUGUCCAACCCAAACAGAACAACGCCCUGGGUGUACCUUUUCCUCGCAUCUUGAAUAAUGCCAUUCACCAUCCUGAAGAGCGUGCGGCCAACUAUCAUCAAUACCCCCGUCGUGAGACCUGGGGAGAUGGACGAGCUUUAAGCCAUAGUGAAACUGCCUUAGCAGAACAAGGCGUUAAUUCGGAAAAUGAUGAUAGUUCCAUCCUGCACGCUAUCCCAAACCCAACCUCUCGAUAUAUCAAGUCAUAUCUGUCCUAUGAUUUCCCAACCCAGCAACCGCCCAAAAAUCCGAAUCCUCAAAUAAUAGAAGAUGUGAACAGCUUACCCAAAACAUUCAUCGUGAGCAUCGUUCCACAAACGGCGGCACCGAGCCAUACACCACAUAAACCGAGCCUUAACACUGUGUCACUCAGUAAGAACACAUUGUAUCGUCGGUCAACAUAUUCAGAUACCAGUGCAUAUGCAGCAAUUGGCGUUUGUGUUGCUAUCGGAAUUAUAGCAGGUUUCAUUCUGUACUGGCUAUACAAGAAGCGGCAGCUCCGCAUAGGUAAGGUUAUCGUUGGCGACUCUGGUGAUUACAAGCCUUCAAGAGCCAAGAUCCUUAAUCCAGGCUGGAGAGCACAAAGCAUCACAUUCCCAAAAAGGAAUCAAUUAUCAGAUAUUGUUCCUUCGUUUUGGAAGUCGUCCAAUCGCAAAACCAACAACUACCGCCCACACCAUACCCUUCCAACAUCGAAAUCCUUUAUCCAGACCAAGGAGUCUACAAGCAAUUUUGUCGUUCGCUUUAAACGGUUUGAUGGGAAUGGGAAUAGUCACGACCCAGAGCGGACCAGGAGCGUUACCCUGCCAACUUUCAUAACAAGAAGCACGGAACAUGUUGCAAGCCUCAUCAGUUCUCCGCGAAUCCCUGCUUUACCCUCGCUUCACAGAGCCACAUCAGCAUUCGCCAUAGGAGCUGAGGCUAAAGCUACGCCUGAUCGUGACGAUCGUCUCUCUAUGGAAGAGAACAGAAACAUUCCGUGUUAUACCCCUUCCACGUUCAAAAUAUACGGUGUCGAGAUGAACUUCAGCCCUGUACAGGACGGUCAGGUCAAACUAGAGGCCGGACAGUCGGUAAAGAUCUACCAGUUUUAUGACCAUGGCUGGGUAUAUUGUGUCAACCGUGAAACCGGUCAGGAUGGCUUAGCGCCACGAGCCUGCCUUUCUAUAUGGCCAACCACGAGAACGGAAAGCGAUGUUACAAUGUUUCCCGGGCACAGGAAUUUUUCUGUCACGUCGUUCGGCUCAUCGCACCCUAUUUCACCGAGUAGUCGGUUCUAUAACCAGUUUUGUCCUUCAUAA